ACAGAAUCGUGACGUCACUUUCCAUCCCUACCCCGACCCCUGCAAGGUUAUUUAGUGUUUUCAUCGUUUAUCGCAGAGGCACAUAGUUCUAUGAACGCCGGUAGCGACAUGAAUAUUAACUCUUAGCUGGAUCGAACUGAGAAUAGUAUUUAUGUUUAGUUAGGCUUUGUGUUCAACUACUGGUAAGCGCGAUGGUUCAAGAGUAUCAGUCCCCUGUUAGAGUUUACAAGUACCCGUUCGAAAUUGUGAUGGCGGUGAGUGACUGCGUUUUGGUUGAUUUGUUAUGCUCUUGUGUGUAGAAAACGCGGAAGGCUAAUUUGGACAAAACCCACUACAGAAACCUGCUAACAGAAAUUUAAAGUGUGAUGUGUUUAACCGAAGACAGGCCUUGAAUCUUGAGUUGAAAAGAGUACAUAGGGCUUUCCACGAUGGAAUAUGUGUAAUCUGGCGGCUUUGGCAAUUUGAACAUAUAAUUUACGAUCUCUAAUUGUAAGAGCUGAUAACGCCUUUAGAAGUCGUUUUGUGGGUGUACUUAUCCACUUUAUCGUCAUUUUCUUCAAAGGCAUACGAAAAGCGCUUUCCUACGUGCAAGAUGAUUCCUGUGUUUCUUGGUAGUGACAUUCUGUCUGAAUACAAAAGUGAAGAUGGCGCGAUUCACAACAUCGAGAGACGAUGUAAACUUGACGUAGAUGCACCAUACUUGCUGAAAAAGGUAAGCCAGCUAAUUUGAACUCCUAAAAUUCGAUGAAUACGUUCUUGAAGGUGUGGCAUAAUGUGAAGAAAUUAAAAUUACAUAACGAGAGGGCGAGAAGCAACUUCUCAAGACAUCUUUUAAAUACAAGACUAGAACUUAGAGAAGGUUUAAUAAUAGAUUGAAGCUUAGUUAUACAUAGGAAGUUCUUGGGUGUGUUUUAAUUUAUAGGAUGUUAAGGUACUCAGCUUAUUAAUUUUUCUCGGUUUUCCGAUUUCUGCUUACGUCUUUCACAAUAUUUGCUUUCACAGAUUAUUGGUGUGGAGUAUGUAUAUUUCAACCAAACAAACUGUCUGAAUCGACGAGACCGCACUUUAACUAUUACUGCUUUCAAUGAAAGCUUUUCAUCCCGCGUUUUUGUUAAGGAACACUGUUAUUAUUCGGUAAGUAUGUUCUUUAACACAUAUUAAAGCGAUAUAAAGGAAGAGAUUUCGAGACAUUUCCAUCAUUCGAUGGGCAUUAAAAUAUAAUGUUACAUGGUCAUAGACGUGAGUUGGAAUCGCCCUCGGCGAAUUGCGUCAGCUAUGAUGUACUUUGAGGUUCAUUCGUAAAUGAAUGAAUAUGUAAACAUCCAAAGCGUGGCACAAAAUAAACAAAGGCCGCUUUUACUUUAUUGCACAGAAAUUUAUUAUGUAUAGUGGACAACUAUGUAAAUUAUAUACAUUUGAGUCAGUAGGUUCCUUUCAUUUACACAAAGGUAGCAAAAUACCACAAACUUGGUUUUACUUCGCUUUCCAAGGUCACAAUUUCAUACCUGUUUAUUUUUGUAUGACUGCUAUGAAUUAUUUAUCCAAUAAAAUGAUUACAUUUUGGCCUUAUUUGAUCAAUAUUGGAGAGUGUUUGUCCUGAAGGAAAAUGAACCUAACCCUAACCCCAACCCAAAACGCUUCUUUUUAUGAAGUGUGAUUUUAUUUUUCUUCCUUGUGAAAGUUCCAUUUUGUAGUGAAAAUUUAACCAAAACUAUUUGCCAUAAAAAUUAUGUUAUAAGUUAUGUUCUUUUGUAAUUGUUUAUGUCGAAGGAGCCAAUAGUCAAAACAUAUUUGUUCAUUGGCCUAUUAGCCUAUUGUUACUGAAGGAUGAAGCCAGCAUGGCUCUCUUCCAAAAAGUAUAAUAUAUUGAAAGAGGCUAAAAGGAUUUUUUCAUGGGCAUAAUUUUGUACUUUAUCUCCUUUUUAUUCACGAUAAAGUUGACACAGUGCCUCUUUCACCCUUCUCUCUUAAGGGUUCUUUUAAGUGGAAAAAUUGGUUUUACUUUUUGAAAUCCAGAUUUUUCAGAUAAUUUUUCAGUUUCUAGAACACUUGUCUAAAAAUGGAUUUCGUGGCUGGAUCUGCAGAUUCAUGUUUUAGAUGGGUCGCAGAGGGAUUUUCUGUUUGACAAAUUUGUGAAAUCUGGAUUUGGAUUGUGAAAAUCUAAAUCCACAUUUCCCAAUCGAAUGCACCCUUAAAAAAUACUAAGUCAAAUGCUUGUGAUUUAGAGACAAAUUUCAACAAUUUCAAUGACAAUGCUGCCUUCAAAUAUGUACACAAUGUAAAUUCAAAUUUACAUAUUUUCCCCUGUUGAAGGCAGCAUUGUAAUUGCCAAAACAUCAGAAUACAUUUCUUAAUUAACAGUAUUUGACUUACCAAUAUUUCUUAUUGAAUUGUUGUGUUAAACAAAAAAGACGCUACACAGAAACAAUCCUGUUCACUACUUGAUAAAUGGCAUUUGGCUCUUCCAGAAAGCAAUAGAAAAAAGAAAAGAAAUGGUGCUCCUAGUGCACAAACCAAUAGUGGCUUCAAUGUUAAAUGACAAACAGAAAAUAGAUGGACAAGUUAUUUCUUUAAAUGUUCUCAAAACAUAGCCAAAGUCUUAAAGUCUUAAUGAUGCUGACAGUUUUGAUGACUGUCAGCCAUCUUUGUCAAAACUUGGAAAUCGUGAAAGGUGUUAAUUAUUGCGAUAAACUCGCCAAGUCACUCUGUAGAUGCCCCCUCCCCUGGUUUGGGGGUGGAGAUCACUUUGACAAUUUCCAAGUUUUGACAAAGAUGGCUAACAGUCAUCGAAACUGUCAGCGUCAUUAAGACUUUAAGACUUUGGCUAUGUUUUGAGAACAUUUAAAGAGAUAUUAACUGUACUAGCCUGAUGAAUUUCUUCAAGAAUGGACAAAUUAGUAAAGCCGAACUGCAAAUAAUAGUCAGUCAGUGUUCAAAUGAAAUUGGCUCAUGUCCAGUGAAGUGUUAACUCUGGCCGGACAUGAUAUCUCCAGUAGACAAAGUUACCAGUAACACCUAUUGGCAAAGACUAUCAUUUUGUAAAUGAAUAAAAUCUUACUUAAGCGCUUGAGAAUUGUGCCAGUGAAUUGACACUGUUUCACUGAAUGGAAGGUAGUGAUCAGUGUACCUGUGAAUCCCUUGCCUACCAUUCACCAUUUUCAUUUAAGACACAUAAGUGCGACCCGAGGGAGUCUGGCCACAAUUUUGUUUUGUCUGACCAAAAUGGAGGCUAAGAAAGAAAGAAAGAUAAAUAAAUGAAUAAUUAUUUGCAGCUCUGCAAAGGGAUAAUACACAAUUAUUUGACUCAUCAUUUUUCGAUCUGCUAGGUUCACCCGGAUAACCCUGAGUGGACUUGUUUUGAACAAGAUGCAAGCUUGGACAUCAAAUCUUUUUUUGGUUUUGAGGCAGCUGUCGAAAAGCUGGCAAUUAAGCUGUAUCUCCAGAACAUUAAGAAGGUGAUUAAUAAUUAAUAAUUAAUUAUUAUUUAUUUUUUCCUUGGUUUGUUGCUAAUGUUGCAAGGAAAUAAUAAUAAUAAUGAUAAUACGAUCAUAUUAUGAUCAUUAAUACAAAUCAUCUGAUCAUUAAUAUGACAACCAAUGAUGGCCUUGAAUUCAUCAGUCGUUAUAACUGUCACAGUGUCAGAAUUUUACCUUAUUGAUAUGACCAGUCAAAUGUCCAGUGAUGCAUAGUGCAAUGGGUGAUGCAUAUUGUGUUUAGCAAAUCAAUAGUCAGAAUUAAGUACAGUCAAAUCUCUUUAAUACAGACAGUAAGGGGCCAUAAAAAGUACAGGGGUGUCUGCAAAGGGGGCUUCGACUGUUUAAGUCUUGGUCUUUCAUGGGUUAGAAAGCCAACAUGACACUACCCCAAUUUAAGCACCCUGUUUAUACAACCUGCCCAACAGUCUUUGUAGUAGAAGGGGUCCAUUUUAUAUCACACCCCAGAGCAGUGACACUGAUCUGAUGAAAUGUUGCACUCAUUUACAGGGCAAAGAAGUGAUCCAAUAUUACAUAGAUGAGUUAAUGAGUGAAGGGAUUACAUAUCUGCCUCCAUUUGAAAAUUCACAUGGGCGACCAAGAACAAAGAGUGCAUCAGAAGCGCUGGUGGCAAAUCCUGAGCAAACUGAAGAGGAUGGCAAUGCGCUUCCUAUCGCUAGUUCUGCAAUAGAGGUUGCAGAUGUGGAAACGUUGGGUGCCCGAUCAGGUAAGCAUAUGAUGAUACAUGCAUUUUGUUAGUACAGGCUGUCCACAAAGUUCCUUUAGUGGAAAUGACGACAACUUUGUAUCAUAUUUUUCUUCAUCUCUGAAUCCUAGAUUAUAAGCUUGAUGAUGACUAUAUCCAAAGAUUUCUUGGCAAACUAAGCCCAAAAGAAGAAAAUCAGCUUAUUAAGGUCAGUGCAUGGCAAAACACUUUGAUGUGCAAAUUAGGUCUUAGAUGUUUGGAUUGCAAAUAAUGUUUCAGACUGAGUGGGGUUAUAAAAUUUAACUGUCAGGGUAGUCAAUGUUCUACCAUGAUGUCUCAAUGUAUCUAUUGAAAAGAUUGUUUUGUUACUCUGUAUUGCUUUUUUGUGGAGAUUUUACUUCUUAGAGUCACAAUAAUUUCUUGGAGAUGUCUUGCAGCACCUAUUAGUAUUUGUAACAUGGUUUUGGGCUUACAUAACUAGAGACGAAGUAAAACGUACUGGCUGCGUGGUUAACAUCUCACACUUGAGAUCUGUACGUCCAUAUUCAUGCCUUUACCAACGGUGUUCCCUCAGACAAAAUUUUUGAUAUUUUGCUCCAAAUGUUGGGCCAUGCAAUGGACUAACAUUCCACCUGAGGGGAAAGGGAGAGUACACUGUAGCAUUAGGUACCCCUUGUUACUUCAUGCUAUAGACACCGGUUUAAGCUCUGCGGGCCUCAAGGCUUAAGGGUACUUUAACCUUACCUUAACCUUAACUUGAGCUCACAUUGUUUCAUAAAUGACCAAAAGUCUUGAAUUAUGGACAGAAUGAGUUCUCAAGGCUUGUGUAUGGUAAGGUCCAGUCUCAGUCCAGUCUCUUUCCGUUUUUCAUUUACCACCUCUUUUUCGAUGUUCAAAAAUAUGAUGUGAAGUUAGAUCCUUGAGUACAAUUUUCCAGUUGUACUAGUGCAUUAUAAUAUUGAAAUUUUUGUUAAUGACUUUGGUUUUUUUAAUAUUCUUUAUUAAUAGCUGCGCAAGAAACUCAGUGCCACACAUCAGGGGAAGGUAUUUAUUAUUCAUUAUUAUUAUUAUUAUGACUAGUAUUAUAAAAAAGAGGAAAGCUACCACCACAUGCAAUAACAUAAAAUAAUAAUUUUUAUUCCUUUCUUUUUUUAUUAGAUGCCAAAUGAUGCUCAUCUUUUAAGAUUUCUCAGAGCACGGGACUUUAAUUUAGACAAGGUACUGUAGAUUCUUGAUUGUUGCAUCUCGUUCUUGAUACUUGGUUCCUGCGACACUCAUCAAUCCAGAACGGCCUUGGUUUAGUUCCAAGUAAUUUUCUCUCUACUCUCAAUACUUAGACUGCAAACAGUCAGCUUUUUGCUCAAAAUCGACUUAGCGUAGCUUAAGAGUCUCACCCGCACGAAGCCCUCAAGCCUUACACUCCCAAAGGGCGUGUCCCUAGUCUUGAUUCCCAUUUUCAGCCUCACUCUGAACAAUGCAGUUGAAGCUUAGUUGUCCAUUUAUUGUUUAUCAACACAGUCUUAUGAAAUGUUGUGCGAGUCAUUGGCAUGGAGGCGGCAUCACAAUAUUGACAAAAUACACGAGAUCUGGCAGCCUCCAGAUCCACUUCUCAACUACUACUGUGGAGGGUGGCAUAACACAGACAAAGGUGACAGUUUUAUGUACUGUAACUUGAAAAUAAAUGAUCGAUAUUCAGUCUUGUUACAGUAGAUGGCCCUAAUUUUUACAUCUGUGAAUGAAAUCCAGUGGUGUACCAUUCAUACAGAACCUCUUUGACAGCACAUCCUCAUAGAACUAUUUGUUUCUGAGCAUUUAAGUGCAAAUUGAAAUUUAGAAGUGUUUUGUUGAGUUUUAACUUUGGCCUCUUUUGGGAGGGUUUAGAUGAAGUAAAAAUAAGUGACUGAGUGUUUUCCUUUCUUUAGGCAUGAGAACCUAAAUAUCAUUAACCUUGAAUGGGAAAACAAGAAGUUUGUCUGUUCAGUAAACAUAAUGCUUAAAUAUAAACUCAGUUUGCUGGAACAAAAGCUUAUAAAGUUACUAGAUCAAGCUGAAAAGGACUGGAAUACAAGAUGGUUUUUCUUUAAGAUUAAGACUAGUGCCAUCAUUAUUGACUUGUUGGUAUUUUUUCUUUCUUAUAGAGGGGCGACCAUUGUACAUCCUUCGGCUGGGCUGUAUGGAUGUCAAAGGACUGUUGAAGGCCGUAGGGGAAGAUGGAUUUCUAAAACAUGUAAGUAGAGUGUUCACUGGUAAACUUGUGGACUGUGACUGGUUGUCAAAUCAAGACCAGCAUUUAGCUGCAUCAAAAUUUAGUAGCAAUUUAAAGAGACUUCCUCAAUUUGCGGAAACUAAUUAUGAACUUUCUUCCCCGUUUAAGACUUUGAAGUAAGACCUUACAAAUAUUUGAAAGGUGUCACAUAAGAUUUGCUAGUUCGGUGUCUGUUGUUCUAUGUACUUUCAAAUAAUAUAAUACAAGCUUAUUCCUUCCACAAUUUAAUGAUAGUUUUGUUGUCUCAACAGUAUAAAGAAAUUUAUAAUUUCCCCAUUUCUGGAGUUUAUAGUAGUUUUUGUUACAUUAAAAGGUUGCGUUGGAGUGACAGUCUUGCUUUGUUGUGUCAUUGAACAUUGACUUCACAAUGCUGUCUCUUUCAAGGUUGUUUCCAUCAAUGAGGAAGGUCUCAAAAUGACUGAAGGACUCACCAAAAACACAGGACAUCCUGUUAGGUAUGCACAAAUUCUUUAUUAUUAAGUUUCGUAUAGUCAAUAACUAUACUAUGGGUGAAAACUAGGGAAUUACAAUCAACUCUCUCUCUCCAAGAUGGAUGCCUUUGGUACCUACAUGAAGCAUAUGUCUAAGAGUGAUGUCCAUCUUUUAGAGUGUCAAAUAAAGGGUGAUAAAAGAAAGGCAAGAACCCACUCAAAGUGUCGGUUUUACUGAGGUGUCCAUCUUAUAGAUCAAGGUGUUUUUUUCAGAUAAAUAGAGUUCACUAUUUUUGAAUAAGUCACACCACUUUUACCUUUGCUGCUUUGAUUUUGAUGAUAUCACAUGGAAGUACUUGUGUCUUUUCAGUUCAUGGACUUGUGUUUGUGAUCUGGAGGGCUUAAGUAUGAGGCAUCUUUGGAGGCCUGGUAAGUGAACCCAUCCAACGUUGUAUUUUUCUAGCUGUUAUGGGAUCCAACAUCCCUUGCUAUUCAGCAUGUUUCAAGGUAUGUACAUUUUACUGGCAGUAUUUCCAAGGUGCGUGAUCAUCAUCAUACUUUGGCUCCAGAGCAGCUGACCACAAGUUUCCUCCAUCGAUGGCGGCGUUGAGCUAUUUCCAACAGCUGAUUGUUAAUUAGCAAGCUAUCAGGAUCCUCUAGAAGACAAUGAAUUGAUGAACAAGGUUCACUGUCUUCCAGAUUUUCUCCUCCCAUGAGUGGGAACAUACAUUGCAAAUUCUCUGACAAGCAUAUUUUCAGGCUAGCAGAGCACAUGACCAGGCAAACUCAUUUGCUGAAGCCUGACUCUUUCAAUAAAGGGAACUGUUUCUGUGAGGCUGUAGACAGUAGUAUUUGGUAUUCUGUCAAUUUGCCCGAUGUUUAACAUAAUUCAAUAACAGGACCUGCCCAAAGAAUUGAUUUUGUUCUCCAUUUCCUUAGAGAAGACAUACCACCAUUUAACCUUGGAAAUUUGUUGCUUUAGGCAUCAAGGCAUUACUAAAGGUGAUAGAGGUUGUUGAGUGUAAUUACCCAGAGACAAUGGGCAGACUGCUGAUUGUCCGUGCACCCAGAGUUUUUGGUGUUCUGUGGACACUGGUUAGUCCCUUCAUUGAUGAAAACACAAGAAACAAGUUUCUUAUCUAUGGUGGAAAUGAUUAUCAGGUAUUACUUGUUUUGUUUGUCAUUCUUUUUUUAUAAAAAUAGUGGAUUUCACAAUAUUUUAUUGUUGUGAUGAAGUUGAGUACUUGCAGUGCUCAAAGUAAUGGCCAGUCAUCGGACAAUGUUCGGCCUGAAUGGCAACUUGACCAGCCAAAAAAUUCACUCGCCGGUCAUGUUGACAAGUCACACCUACUCCCAUCCUUGAACAAACAACCAAAUCCUCACCUGUAAAUCUUAGAUUUGUCUCUUUGUAACAUACAAUCAUGUUCAUGAAUUGAAAAUUACACAAGGAUAAGUUAACUUCUUUCCCGAUAUUUUGACCAGUCAGAAUUGAGACUUGACUGAGCAAACUUUCUUUGCCGUUACAAAAAUUAUUAAAAUAGCCCUGACUUGUAAGCAUUUAUUAUUCCAAUACUGUCAACAGUUACUUGUAGUUGUAUCAGUUUCACUUUUACCUGAUGUGUUGGUUUGAUUACAUACUUGUAAUGUUUUAUUCCUCAUUGCAGGAUCCUGGUGGCCUGACAGACUACAUUGCAGCAGAAUACAUUCCAGAUUUUUUAGGGGGUCCAUAUGAGGUAAUUAAAGCAAUGAGAUACUCAGUCAAGCUUCCAUGAACAGUAACAAGAAGUUCUAAGUAAAGUCUGCCUGCAUCUACACACUUAGAAGCUGUAUCAAUCUCCUUUUUGUCUCAGUCAGAUAACUUCAUUUUCAGCCUUGUGCACAGUAUAUAUAAAGCAUUGUCCAUCUCUAGCUGGACAUCAGAACUGCUCAACUCCAUCAGACCACUGAUCAGACCACAUUGUGGAGCAAUGAUUUGAAACUCUAUGACUUAAAAAUUUGUAGAGGAAAUCCUAUGGUGUUACCAUUCGAAUAAAAACACUUUGGCGGAACUUUAAUUUGUCAGUGGAUUUUUUAUUUCGCCACUAUUUCAUUGAAACAGUUUUACAUAUACCAUUUUGCUUCUUUUCUAGUGCAACAUCAAGGAGGGCGGUCUUGUCCCAAAAUCACUUUACAGAUCACUAGAGUUCAGUGAAGGAGAGGAAUCAUGGAGUAGUGAAAUCUAUCAGACUACUCACGUUAGCAAAGGGUCACCUCAUGAGGUUUGUUCCAUACUCCUUUAGCUAUACACAUGUUGAAUAUUAUACAGAGGGAAUAGCCAUUUUUUGGCAAAUGGCUUUCACAUUAGGACUCUACAGAUCAAGGGUCAAGGAUGGAAAAGUCAUGGAAUAUUGUAGGACACUAAAAGUGCACUAUGAACCUUGCUAUGAACCUCAAUUUGUUGUGACUUCGCAUUAAGCGCAGUGCAAACAGACGCAACAUUGUAUGUCAACAACUCCCAACAUUGUUGGAUGGUACAUGUAAUUGGGUCCGUUUGCACACCCUGUUGCAUGUUGUUGGGAGUAUCAAACGUUGUGAAAAGUUUGGUACAGGUCAAACGGAGAUGCAACAACUCCCAACAUGAUUGAGCCAUCAAUGUUGGGAGUUGUUGCAUCUGUUUGCUUGUAGCUUAAAGAAACUAUUCAUUAACUUGUGUUUGGGGUUAAUUUCUAACUUGCAAUACUGCAGCUCAUCACUGUGCGGCAGAAAAGUGCUUUCUUUGUUAAACAAAACCAGAAGCGAAAACAUGGCAAAUUCUACAUGAGGUGCUAACCAAGGGCUCUUGAGUUCCAAAUGUUUCCAACUUUUUGUUCUCUUUCAGGUCCUGGUCACUAUUAAGGAGUCCCAAUCAGUGAUCACAUGGGACUUUGAUGUUAUGAAAGGUGAUGUCCAAUUCACAGUGUUUAGGCACAAGCGUCCACGUGAAGCAAUCAGUAGCAACAGCUUGUCAAGUUUUGGAAGUGAUGCAUCCAUCAACCAGUCUGGAGUUAUUGCUGGAGUUGAUGCGAUGGUCGUUGAAAAACCGAGGCAUUGUGUUGAUGGUGAAUCAAUACAGGUAUGUUUUUAUAAAGGGCUUCCAAGACGGGUAUACUAUUACUGUCAUUCAUUUCUGAAACUGCAAGUUGCCUGGUAGGUCAGGAAAAAUGACUUGUAGCUGUUGCAUUUUAGCUGGGAUGAAAAUGUUGCUGUCAGUUCAGCAUAAAUUUUUGACAUGCCCAAUUUGGAAUUUAUGACAGAUAUAGCGCUUAAAAAGAAUAAAUUGUUAUUUUAAUAACAAAUUAUUAAUUCAAUAAUUUAAAGUUAAUCCUCGAGGGAGCAUUCCUGAGCAUUACCAUAAUUAGAAAUGUUCCAAAGAAAAUAACAUAAAAUAUUUGGCAAUAACUACAUGUAGCCUGCAAACCCAGACAUAAUUAUUUCUGGUCAUCGCUUCUCUCCAUGUGAAAAGUAAGCUACUGUUCAUGUAGAGAGAAAUGUUGAACAGAAAUACAUCUGCAUUCGUAGAAGAGAGUUUGUGAUUUUGCUGCUGAGACAGCCAAAAUGCAAAAGUGAACUAAUGUUACUUUCACUACGUACAAAACGGAUUGUCGCUGUCACAUUUCUUUCCUCCUUUUCUGUUGAUUGUUGGUGCUUUUUGAGAGGAUUGUUGCCACGUUUCGGGGCCAUGAUGCCUGUCGCUUCCACCUCUUGGGAGGCUUCACUAAUAUAUAGUCUAACAUCUUCUAACAGAGAACCAUCUGGUAUGGGUACCUCUAAUGCAGACAUCAUCUGGAGAUAUUUUAGAAAAUUAAAAAAGAUGGGACUGUAAGUUGUAAAGGGUGCUGCCCCACCCUUUCCCCUCCCACCUCCCUUAGGAAAAAUUUUGAUUCAUCUAUUAAUAUUUAAUUUAUUGUCUUUACUAGGGAACUCAUGUCUGUUCCAUUCCUGGUGUAUAUGUGCUACAGUGGAAGUACAAAUCAGGUGCCCCUACUGGUCAAGCACAUGGCCGUCAUACCAGAGCCAAGGUUAUGUACUAUCAUGAAGUACUGCCCUCUGGAGAUUUCAGGUAAUGGUUUAAAUCAGAAAACUGUAAAAUACUGGUGGAAACUGCACCCAUAAGGCACUACAACAGCUUUGCCUUUCACCUGAAGGAAAAGCUUCCUUACCAACGUAAAUUUCAAGGGGGAGGAGGAACAGUGCAUUGGCAAACAGUUGGCACUGAGCUUUAUGUCCAUUGAAGCAAAUAUCCACAUAUCCCUCCCUACCCAUGAAGGGUCAUCGGAAACACCAGGGGGUGGUCUCUCUUAAGACUCAGAGGCAAUCAUAUAAAUCUAGAAAUUUAAAUUUCCAAAGGGGUUAUAGGCCAUCUAUUUUGUCAAAACAAAUUAUUCAUAAAUUUAUGUUUUGGUUUUUUACUAUUUCAGAGGAUCAUUAUCCAGUUUAGAGUCUUGUCACAGUGGUUUCUCCCAGUUAAGUGUAUCAACUUCAGCAAGUCACUCAUCUGGUGCAAGCAGUUCAUCACGCCCAUCCAGAUAGCAACUACAGUCACGAGGGGCCUCAGCUGCAAGUCCGUCCCUCAAGCACACAUAGCACAGCACUGCGAGAUAUAGUAGAAACUCAGAACCGGGCAUGCCACAUUUAAAUGUGAAUGUCGAAUUUGUAUGUCUUAAGCUUGUCUCAUAGACACCCAAAGUGAAUGCUGACUUUCCAAAGAUGACAGUUGACACAAGUUCAAUUAUUUCCUUUUACUCCAUUAAUGCCACUUUUAUCUGUUCAAUAUGAUGGACUAGUAAAUAGAACUAUUAAUUUUAGAAUCAGUGCAGAAAAUAAUCUCAGUACAUUCAACAUUCAAUUCUUGUUUUUUGUCUGCUGGCAGACAAAAAAAAGCAAGUUAUGAAUGUUGUUACAGCAGACAUUUUCAAAUCCUGAUUCACUUUCAAUAGUCCUUGUUUUUAUGUCUAUCAUUUGGACAUGUCAGUCGUUUAUUAGAGCACUUUCAUCAAAAUUGUUUUAUUUUUUGUUCGGCAGGAUAAAAUUUGGGAUUGUCAUCGUCUUCUAGCAUUCGAGUACUUAACAUAUUUUGCUCUUUUGGUGUUGCAGUNUUUAAAUUUCCAAAGGGGUUAUAGGCCAUCUAUUUUGUCAAAACAAAUUAUUCAUAAAUUUAUGUUUUGGUUUUUUACUAUUUCAGAGGAUCAUUAUCCAGUUUAGAGUCUUGUCACAGUGGUUUCUCCCAGUUAAGUGUAUCAACUUCAGCAAGUCACUCAUCUGGUGCAAGCAGUUCAUCACGCCCAUCCAGAUAG